UCCUGCGGCCAAUCCCGCCGAGAGGGAGCCUCCGUGCGUGCUCCUCCAUCCCGGGCCUGCUCGCAGGACUUGCAACUUUGCAAGAGGCGGGCGAGGGAGAAGGAGAGGAAGAAGGGGAGAGCCCCCGCCCUCGCACCCCUCCCCCCCGACACCCAUCGAUCCGUGGCAUGGCGACCCCCCCGCCCGGACGCCCCUUUAAGGGGAGGGGGCAGCGGCUGGAAGGCUUGGCCAGGGGAUGACUCCGGAUUGGGCCGCCGGGGCAGGAGCGAAGAGAAGGGGGGGGGUUACUUGGAGGGAGGGGGGUAAUUUUAAAAAAAGGAGGAAACUUUUGGCCAACUUCCUAGCAGGCGCCGCCGAGUGCCGGAGCGAGCCCCGCUUCCUUCCCCACGGGGGCUCCCCCUCCCUCCCCAUCUGGGCUCCUCCGGGCGUGGAGUGCAGUAGGAUGGUGGUGCACAACGGCGGGGCUUGCUUGCUGCUCCACUACCUCCUGCUCCUGCUAGCCGGGGCGAAGCAGAGCCGGGACCCCGCUGCAACCAGCUGCGAGCUCCAGAGGAAACAAAGUGAGCUGAACUCCUUCCUGUGGACUAUAAAGAGAGAUCCACCAUCUUACUUUUUUGGCACGAUUCACGUCCCGUAUACUCGGGUGUGGGAUUUUAUCCCCGAGAAUUCCAAGAAAGCUUUCCAGCAAAGCCAUAUUGUCUACUUUGAGCUGGACCUCACAGACCCAUACACGAUCUCAGCCCUAACCAGUUGCCAGCUCCUGCCCCAGGGCGAGAACCUUCAGGACGUCCUCCCCAGGGACAUCUAUCGUCGGCUCAAGCGCCACUUGGAAUAUGUCAAACUCAUGAUGCCAUCUUGGAUGACUCCAGACCAGCGGGGCAAAGGACUGUAUGCUGACUAUCUCUUCAACGCUAUUGCAGGCAACUGGGAGCGGAAAAGACCUGUGUGGGUAAUGCUGAUGGUGAACUCUCUGACAGAGGUGGACAUAAAAUCCCGUGGUGUUCCUGUCUUGGAUCUCUAUCUUGCCCAGGAAGCCGAACGUCUUCGAAAACAGACUGGGGCAGUAGAAAAAGUAGAGGAACAGUGCCAUCCGUUGAAUGGUCUAAAUUUCUCUCAGGUGAUCUUUGCAUUGAAUCAGACUCUUUUACAGCAAGAGAAUCUCCGCGCAGGCAGCCUUCAGAUUCCUUAUACGACAGAGGACCUUAUCAAGCAUUACAACUGUGGAGACCUCAACUCCAUCAUCUUCAAUCACGACACAUCACAGGUCCCAAAUUUCAUCAAUGCCACUCUGCCUCCUCACGAACGCGUCACCGCUCAGGAAAUCGACAGCUACUUCCGCCAGGAGCUGAUCUACAAGCGGAAUGAGAGGAUGGGCAAAAGAGUGAAAGAUCUCCUGGAAGAGUAUCCUGACAAAAGCUUCUUCUUUGCAUUUGGAGCCGGUCAUUUCAUGGGCAACAAUACGGUGAUUGAUGUUUUGAGGAGAGAAGGGUAUGAAGUAGGACACACCCCUGCUGGUCAAGCUGUCAACAGUGGGAAGACUCAAAAGGUGCUGUCGGCUCUCUCUUCGUCUUCCCCAGAAUAUGCUUCCUACAUCAUCUCCCAAGAGCUCCACCCUCCCCAACAGCAUCCGCAAAAAGUGGAGGAGGAAGAAGAGUUGCUGCCUCACCUGCUGCUUCCUGAAAGUAUUGACUUGCUGGAGAAAGUGGACAGGAAGUACAAGAAGAAAAAGAAGAAGCAGCAGCAGAAGAAACAGCGCUUGCGCCAGUUCAGUGACCUCUGGGUACGCAUCGAAGAAAGUGCUACUGAUCCACCUCCUCGAAUCCGAAUAAUUAAUGGAUACAUUACUGUGGAGCCCCAGCCACGGGGACACGGGCGUUCCAGUCACAUCCAGACAGAAACCAGCUGCUCCAGUGGUCUGUUUCCGUCCCUCUUGACUUUGACUUUGGUGCUGCCUGCCUUGAUGAUGACGGUGCCAGAGUUUGUCUUCCAAGCAGAACUUCACAUCCCUUGGUGAAGGAUGCCGAGGGGGAAACAAGGACUUUUGUCCAACGGAAGAUCGUCUGUGCUGAAUUUUUUUGAAGGGCUCCUCCUUUUCCUGAAUCUGGACCAUUAACAUGAUUUACUGGCUGGACUAUGCCCAAUCCAGGAGAAGAUAUUUUUAAUGACAGCCAUUAUUUAUCCCUUCUCUUGCAGAAGAAUUAUUUCAUGUUAUCCCAUAAUGCUUUUGGGAGAUAAAUAUGUAACAUAGUUGCUGCGUUUAGUUGUAUGAAACUGACUUGAAUACAGUUUUUCUUGGGGGUUGG